AUGACAUCUAAAGCUCAACGAGAAGCUGCUGCUAAGCUUGAAACUAAGUUGCUAGAAAUUCUUGGAAAAUUAACUAAAGAAGAAGAAAAUAAAUAUUGUGCUGAUUGUGGAGAAAAACAACCAAGAUGGGCAUCACAUAAUUUGGGAGUUUUUGUUUGUAUUAAUUGUGCUGGUCUUCAUCGCCAAUUAGGUGUACAUAUUUCAAAAAUAAAAAGUGUUAAUUUAGAUAAGUGGACUCCAGAACAGGUGCAAUUUAUGAGAUUAAUGGGUAAUGCAAAAGCAAAAGCUGUUUAUGAAGCAGAGUUACCUGUAAAUUUUAUCCGACCCAGAUCAGGUCCUGGUAUGGAACACUUUCUAAGAGCAAAAUAUGAGUCAAGAAAAUAUCAAUUAAAAGGUUGGGUACCACCUGUUGCAAAAGCAUCAGAUUUACUAGCAAGUAUUGAAAGUGGAACAAUAACAAAAAGUAUCAAAAAUGUAAGUCCGCAAUCUACAGUUAUUCCUCAACAAACUGUAUCUAAUACUACAACACAAAAGCAGGUUAUGUCUCCUAAAACUGAAGCAUCUUUAAUUGAUCUUUCUGAUACUGUGGUUUCUCCACCAAUUACAAUACAAAAUAAACAAUCAAGUGAUUUAGAUGAUUUAUUUGGCUCAUUUUCAAGUGCACCUACAAUUACCAAUUCUGGAACAAAUAAUGUAGUUCAAUCUAAUGAUCCAUCUUUAUUAUCACUUGAUUUAGGAAAUAUGAAUUUAAAUGAAAUGAAUAGUAACAAUAGUACACAAGAAAAAAAAUCUAUAGAUGAUAUAAUGUCCUUAUUUAAUUCUCCAAGUAAACCAACUUACCAGCAACCUACUAUGCCAUUUGGAACCAAUCAAGUAAAUACUAAUUUUUCUAAUGAUUUAUUUGGUUCUUUUGCAAGUGCACCUACUCCAUCGAUUUCUUCAACAAAUAAUAUAAAACAAUCAAAUGAUAUGUCAUUGUUAUCACUUGACUUAGGAAAUAUGAAUGUAAAUGAGGUUAACAGUAACAAUGAUUCUCAAGGAAAAAAAGCCAUUGAUGAUAUGAUGUCUUUGUUUAGCUCACCAAAUAAUUCGAAUUUUCAACCAACAUUUCCUUUACAUUAA